UUUUCCCAGAAGAAAAAGGGGCUGCAUUCCAAUUGGGUCUAUUUGAGUUUACAAGAAGAUCUCGACCGCUAAUUUAUGUGGUUCGGGCCUGUAGCCGGCCGGUCCAGACCAAAAAAAUACCACACAGCUGGAAAGACUGAAGAACAUAACCACCACAAAGCGCAAAAAAGAAAAAAAAAAACACCACAAAGCGGAUAGAAUCAUCCUUCUCUUCAGUUCAUCAUCCACUGUCUUUGGGAGUCCAUGGCUGCCAUGGCAAGCCAACUAUACUACACUUCUCCUGCAAAAUUCCCACUGCCAAAAGGACCCUCAACUCAAAGGGCUCCUUUUUUGAGACAAUCCCAGAGAAUUAGGAGGAAUUCGUCACCAUCAACAACAAAGAUAGUAGCUUCGGGAGGAAAAGGGAUUGAUUUGUUGGGGGAUUUUGGAGCCAGAGACCCUUUUCCAGCUGAGAUUGAGAGCAAUUUCGGUGAAAAAGUUAUAGGGAAUUUCGGUACCGAACACAAGAUUUUGAUCCCAAAUGCCACCGCCCUGUCUCUUUCUCAACAGAGCUGCACCCCCAUUUCUCCCCAACAGCAACCUAUGUCCGAGGAAGACGCCAAGCAGCUCUUGUUCAAGGUUGUGGGAUGGAGAUUGAUAAAUGAAGAAGGUGGACUUAAGCUCCAAUGCCUGUGGAAAUUGAGGGAUUUCCAUUCUGGGAUUGAACUCAUCAACAGGAUACACAAAGCUGUAGAAGAUACUGGCCAUUUCCCUAACCUUCAUCUUGAACAGCCUAAUCAACUCCGAGCCGAGCUUUGGACUUCAUCCAUUGGAGGUUUGAGCUUGAACGAUUUCAUUGUUGCUGCUAAGAUAGAUGAGGUUAAAUCAUCGGACCUAAUUCCCAGAAAGAGAGUUUGGGCAUAAAUGGAAAGCCUGAUACAUCGUGCACAUGAACCAGAACUGAAGCUGUAUGGAGGAUGUCAUAUGCGGACAGUGUUAGUAAUACUCCAAGUGUUGAUAUGACAGAUUUACUAAUGCUGCCAGGUUUGAUAAAUGUCAGCUAACAUAUUACAAGUGAUGAUUUUUUUGUCCAAAGACUAGCUCUCUGUAUGCAGCAUGAUUUGUUUGUUCAAAGAUAGCUGUGUAUGCACUAUGCAACAAUCUCUAUUCGGGUAAUACAAAGAUCGGUUGUGAUUUCCUUUUCUCCAUGCCAUUAAUUUCAUUGUCGGGUAAUGUCUACUGAUGCUUUUAUAUGUUACCGUAUCAAGGCAUGAAUCGCUGAUGGUUCAUUGACUGUUGCUUCAGACUUCUUUAAACGGAAUAGGUUUGAGCUAAUGAACAAGGACCGAACCAUCACGUUCCCAAGGCCGAUCAAUGGUAUCAAGAAAAAGAAAGUUCAGGUCCAACUUGGUUCAAUCCAAGCUGAAUCCCAAUACGUGCUUAUCUGAUUUAAAUUCUGCAACUCGUGAUGACUUCCCGCGGAAUGAUAUCUCUUGGUGUACAAAGAAUAAUAGACCAACUCGUCUUUGAAGAACUUGGGGAAAUAGAUUCUGUUCGCCUCAUCUGGUCUUUCUACAAGAAAAGCCAUUGAUGACGGCCAGCUCAAAUAUAAACAAUAGCCAUCCAAAGAAUCAAUGUCUUCCCAGUAUUUCUCAUCAUCCUUUAGCUUGGAAACUCCCACCCAUGACCAUUUCCCUUUCGUCAUCACCCACAAGUACAGAAAAAAGCUGUCCGCCGCACUCAGUUAAAAAGUUCCAUCUAAAUUUUACAUCAGGAUAUACGAGGCCCUUUAGAACUUCCCACUGGAAUAUAGAUUCCUCGUCUUCAAAAAUUUUACCACGCCCAAGCAUCCCAUUGUCCCCCAAAUGAUAACAAACAUCUCGCAACACCACUGGACUAUUGCAACCUUGGCUAAGAAAUUGUUGCAGAUCACUUCCUUCUUUUCCCACCACAAAUGUCCACCAUUUUGCUUCUCCUGGUUUUGAAACAUGUCUAACAAAGUGUGACUUUCCCCUGGUUCUCAUCCGCGACAUUGCCAAGAUUGAACAAUCAGGAGAAGAAGGUUUUCUUAGGAAGGUGAAGUUUAAAACCCCAUACCUCGAUUGUGGCCUACGUCCUGCUAAGACAACUUGCAUUGUCAACGGGUUAAAGAAAGCGUACUCAGACUUGUGUUGUAGGAGUAGCCAACCAUCUCUAGAACAACGAAUAUUAUGCUCUUUUAGGGCCUCGGGAACUUUGAAGGAGAGUUUAUGAUUAAGGUUGGAAUCGACUAUAUUGUAAACACCAUGAAACCUAUCCUUGUAUAUCAAACAGGGAGGGAAGGAAUUCAUCCUGCUUCGAAUAGUGCUGGAGGAGCCAACUUUAUUAACACAGCGAAAAUGAAUGUAAUCGACAAAAGAUAGUUUUCCAGCAAUCCAACCUAGUGCAUCGGAUGAUAGGUUGCACAAUAAGGAGUUUCCAUCCGUGGAGCAGAUUCUGAUAAUCCAUUAAUCUUCGGUAUCAUCAUCAGCCUCUUACUUAUUGUCCUGUUCUCCUAGGAAUAUGCCAGACUCUUCCGUUUCCGGUAUACCAAGGGAUCCACCAUGCCCCUAUUUAGUUUGCCGUUGCAAUUAACAUUCUCAUCAUCGG